CCGACUCGCGCGGUCAGUUACCCCGACAUCGCAUCCUUGACAGUCGCCAGUCAUGGAUGACGAGGCCAUCUCAAACUUCGUGGCCAUCACCUCAUGCGACCCCACCAAGGCCGCCCAAUACCUUCGCCUGACCGACAACAAUUUGGAGCAAGCAAUACAACUCUUCUUCGAUAGUCCGAACCUCGACCUGGGCAGCUCUUCCACACCCCACCCCGCGGUUCCCAAUGCCUCCAAUGCGAAUAACCCUAUCCAAGUCCCCUCGGACGAUGAUGAUAUGGAUGUCGACUCCGAUCCUCAAGAGACCCUACCAACGGCCUUCCAGCCGAAUGUGGACGACGAUGAGGCCAUGGCUCGUCGUCUACAAGAAGAAAUGUAUGGUAGCGGAGGUGGUGGCGGCGGCGGUGGGCUAGAUCAGGACCAAGUUCGAGCACCCAUCGAUCGCCGAACCGAGACGCUGGUUGGUCCUGGAGCAGACUGGCUCCCCGAAGAUGAUGACGUCGAUGCUAUGGUCCAGGAACAGAUCGCCCGUCGGCGGAAUCCUGCUGCACGGCCAGGUAUCUUCACACAGCGGACGCCACAGGCACAAUCGUCGGUAUGGGAGAACUCGUCGGCUGAUUCAAGUGCUCGACGUCGUGAGCUUGCCACGGCCACUGGCGGGGCUUCCGAGACAUCCUCCAAAAAUAAUAGACUUGCCGAGCUUUUCCGACCCCCGUUUGAGAUCAUGUACCAGCAGCCGUGGGAGAAAGCCCGCGAUGAUGGAAAGGCCGAUGAGAAAUGGAUUCUGGUUAACAUCCAAGAUCCCCCCAUCUUUGACUGCCAACGUCUGAACAGGGACAUUUGGAAGAACGACGACAUCAAGGCCACUGUACGGGAGAACUUCAUCUUCAUGCAGUAUGCCAAAGACGACCCACGGGGACAAGAUUACAUCAACUACUACUUCCACGCACGCGAUAGCCCAGAUGCUUACCCACAUAUCGCAAUUGUGGACCCCCGAACCGGCGAGCAAGUAAAAGUUUGGUCAGGCCCACCUGUCCCUGAGCCUGUAGAAUUCCAUGCUCAACUUCACGAAUUCCUCGAUCGUUACAGCCUCAGUGCUACUGCGAAGAACCCUAUAGCCAUGCGAAAAUCAGAGAAGAAGAGCGUGGAUGUAGGCCGUAUGACAGAGGAAGAGCAGAUGGCAAUGGCACUACAAAACAGCCUAGACAACAACCAGGGGCCGAAGGACGAAGACCCAGACGCACUGACAAAGGGUAGCGAACACGAGAAGGGCAAAGGCAAGGCUGAGGAAGAAGCUGCGGGAUCUUCAUCGAGCGCCACGUCCCCUUUCGACCAAAUCUCUUCAGCCAACUCGCAUGUAGAGCCAACCGUCACCGAUCCCAAGGUGACUACGCGCAUUCAAUUCCGUGGUGGCCCGGGCCGUCCCAUCGUUCGCCGUUUCAAUCUUGCUGAUCCCGUGCGGACGAUCUUCGAGUGGAUCAAGGCUGACCACCCAUGGGAGGGUAAAGAGGGUGCAGUUUUUGACCUGACAUUUACCGGGAAGAACUUAAUUGAGCAGUUGGAUGUGUCGAUCUCGGAUGCUGGACUGAAAAACGCGAGUGUAAUGGUGGAGUUCCUGGAGGAUUAA